AUUGAAACAAGCGCAAUGAGUUCAAACGAGCACUCGCUUCAAGCUCUGUCAUGGAGAAAACUUUACUUGAGUCGAGCCAAACUCAAAGCGACCAGCCGAACGUCCGCCCUGCUCUCCGGCUUCGCUAUGAGAACAGAAAGGAUAUUAAAAGAGACAUUAUUCAGUGACAAAUGGGUCGUGUGGAUCUCUUUGGACACACAUUAUACGGAACAACUUCUACUCUCAACACACAGUGAAAGGAUCUCACUGCUGAAUACUUCACCACUAUACUACACAAUCACUGGUGGCAAUGGUAGAGGUCCAAUUGGAAGAAGAUCACAAGUACCCUCCUGGCUUAUUAAUUGCCUUCAGCGCCUGCACGACAGUGCUGGUAGCUGUCCAUCUCUUUGCCUUGAUGAUCAGCACCUGCAUUCUGCCCAACCUGGAGGCUGUCAGCAACGUCCACAACCUUAACUCCAUAAAAGAAUCACCACACGAGCGAAUGCAUCGCCACAUCGAGCUGGCCUGGGCCUUCUCUACCGUCAUUGGUACUCUCCUCUUCCUUGCAGAGGUGGUCCUUCUCUGCUGGGUGAAGUUCCUCCCUUUGAAGAAUAAAAAGCCAGAGCCUAAUGAACCCACAGAACCUCCAGGUAUCAGCCCAGGAGAAGCUGCUGCAAUCGCUUCCACCACCAUCAUGGUGCCCUUUGGCCUGGUGUUUAUUGUUUUCGCAGUGCAUUUCUACCGUUCACUGGUCAGCCACAAAACAGACCGGCAGUUCCAGGAGUUGGAGGCUCUGUCCAACAUCACACGGCUGCAGAACGAGCUGGAUCACAGGGGAGAUGCCUCCAAUAUGCAGUCUUCUUCAGCACAUUUUGCCUAAUGUAAGCACUUUUUAGAUGAGUCCUUGUUCUCACACUAAAUACUUCUCUAUGAUAAGGACUGUCAAACGGGAUUCUGCAAUACAAUACGAUAGUUUCACAAUAUUUUGGUCACAGCAUGAUACAUAAUUCAAUGUGUGUGUGUGUGUGUGUGUGUUUUUGUUUUGUUUCAGUAUAUCAAAUAUUUUUAUAUGUUGCAUCUUGCUCAAAUUUUUUAUUUGACUACAGCAAGAUCAUAGCUUGUUUUCUGCAAAGACUAAAGUGAACAUACAAGCUUGAUUUAAAAAAAUUUGUGCCACAAUGUUUUACAGUACUUUUAGAGCAAUUAACAUUGUUUUUGUUACAAAUGAUAAGGUCAGAGGCUUGAAAUGGAAGAAUAAUCAUAAUAAUGCUUGGCAUCAGUGUAUUGAUUCAGUUUCAUCAUGACAAAAGAAUGUUAUGUUAUACUGUAUAGAUCCUCCCACACUGCUUUUGACUGUCUAUUGUGGACUUACCCACAGAUGAUUCAUUUACUCUCAGUGCUUUUUAUAGGAUGCUUCCUACUGGAAAACAGAAAGUGUAUAUAACUGCAUUUUUCGGUCUUUUUCUUACAGAGUAGGUAGUUGGCUGAACAGUGCUGUCAGCAUAAUAGACAGAGCUGGUUGACUGAAUGUCUUAAUGUCAUUUAAUAAAUUGCACCUUCUUUCUUCAUUAUUAUAAUAUAAUUAUAAAACCCAAAUACGCAGUAAACAAAGCACAUUUUUCAGUAUUAUGUAAAUAAAUAGUUUAAUUAAAUUGUGUCCAAUAGAAAAACAUGAAAUGAGUCUAAAUAUAUUGUCCAAUGCUGAGAAAUUCAUUAAAAAAUUAGUUGAAAUUAGAGAUCGACUGAUAGUAGAUUUUU